ACGUCGUCCGGGCUGCUGGACUCAAGCCGACCAACGCCAUGGUCGUCAAGGCUUCGGGACAGGAGUUCAAGCGCAAAGGCGAGAAGCGCAUUACUUUCGAGGAAUGGCUGCCGAUCUUCGAACAACUGUCCAAAGAAAAGGAGCAGGGCACGUACGCUGAUUUUGUUGAAGGCUUGAAGGUGUUCGAUAAGGAGGAAUGUGGAAAGAUCCUUUGCGCAGAACUCAGACACAUUCUUCUCGCUCUCGGAGAACGACUUUCUGCUGAUGAGGUCGAUGAGCUGCUGAAGGGAGUCGAAGAUGCUGAGGGUUUGGUCAAAUACGAGGGUCAGUUUUACCAUCUUUUUGUGCUUACCUAG